AUGCAGAUCGUUAGACCUCGUGACCUGUGUACCUCUUUGCUUGUUGCAAGCAGACCUCAUCGACACGCGGUACGGCAAUGUGCGAGAAGACCACGCGUACAGUGGUUAAGUGGCGCCGACUCUUACUCCCUGCCCAAGUCAAAAGGGUUGCCCUAUCGGUUGCUCCAGCAUGCUGGGGGAAUCGAGGUGUCACUUCCAGAGCAACGCCGCUUUUUUUCGCUGAGGGGAGGAGGGAGCGCAGGUGGAAUUUCAUCGAGGAAUGCCCGAGUGGUGAUCGAUGUGCAAGGGCUCAAGUGCGGAGGGUGUGUGUCGAGGGGAGAGGCGGCUUUGAAGGGGGUGCCAGGUGUGGGAGAGGCCACCAUCAACCUAGCAACAGGCACCGCCACUGUUUCACUAUCCGGAUCGAAUCUUAUCAAGUCGGGAUUGGCAUCGCUACGACGGUUGUCCCCCGACAUGAACUCCCUAGUGUCGACGGGAGUACUAGCGGUGUACCUGUCUUCAUUGGUCUCGUUACUGAAGCCAUCUCUCGGACUAACGGCGACAUUCCACGAACCGGUGAUGUUGCUUGGAGCUGUUCUUCUCGGCAGGAGCUUGGAAGCCAGGCAGCGGCUAAAAGCCGCGAGGGGGCUGCAGAGUCUCUUCGACAUCAGGCCCGACAAGGCACGAACCGUCGACGCCGGCGGCAGAGUGAAGGAUAUCCCAGCGUCAAGGGUACGCGUUGGUGACACGGUAGAGGUGCUCCCAAGCGAUCGAUUUUCGGUGGACGGCGUGAUUCUCGAAGGCCGGACUGCGGCUGAUGAGUCCUCUCUGACAGGAGAGCCGAUCCCUGUUCCAAAGGGGCCUGGAGACGCAGUGAGGGCGGGAACCCUGAGCAUGGGUGACGGCGGUGCCGUAAGGGUGAGGGCCACGGCUACCGGAGCGCAGAGCGUGCUUGCUUCGGUGAUCGCCCUCGUCGAGGAUGCCCAGGCCCGCAAGGUCCCCGUGCAGCAGCUCGCGGACAGGAUCGCCGGGAAACUCACCUGGGUCGUCUUCGCCGCAUCGGCAUCGACGCUCGUCUUCUGGGGUGCCUUGUCUCCGUCCCUCUUGGGCCUUGCAGCAGGGCCGGCGGCGGCGGCAUCUACGGCAACACCGUCGUAUCCGGCUCUUGCUGAGGCUCUCGCAGGGGGCUCCCCGUGGGUCCUUGGGUUGCGCCUAGCGGUGGACGUUUGCCUCGUGGCAUGCCCUUGCAGUUUGGGCUUGGCGACACCUACUGCGAUCAUGGUGGGGACUGGCGUGGCCGCAGAACGCGGACUUCUUCUCAAAGGCGCAGACGUCCUAGAGACAGCGAGGAAGGUGACCACUGUGGUGUUCGACAAGACGGGCACGCUCACUCUCGGAAGGCCUUCCAUCACCGGUGUGGUUAGUCUGGACCGGGAAUGGGACAAAGGGAGGAUCCUGGAGGUGGCGGCGGCGGUAGAGAGAGGCUGCCGGCAUCCCCUGGCAGAGGCCGUGGUACUGGCUGCGCGAAAGGAGACGCUCGGGGAAGCAUCUCACCUAGAAGCGGAGGAUCUUCGGACCGUGCCCGGUAUGGGUGCUAGCGCACGGCACGACGUUUCGCAGCGCCUGGCAGACGGACAAAACACGGUGGUGGUGGUCGCUGUGAACGGCCGACCCGUCGGCCUGCUGUUUGCGGCGGAUUCCAUCCGUCCGGCCGCCUCCGAUGCUGUGGCUUCCCUCGCUGAACGGGGUCUCAGCGUGAGGAUAGCGAGUGGCGACCGACGGGAGGCCGUGUGGGCGGCGGCCGCGGCGGCUGGGGUACCGCAGGAGGCGGCAAGCUGGGGGGCGGCUCCAGUGGAUAAGGUCUCCCUGGUGAGAUCAUUGCAGGCUCGGGGUGAGGUGGUCAUGCUUGUCGGCGACGGCGUUAACGACUCUCCGGCUCUGGCCGCGGCGGAUGUUGGUGUCGCGCUGCGGGCCGGGACGGGGCAGGCGAUGGAAACCGCCGAUGUCGUGCUCAUGCGGGAUGACGUUUGCGGCGCAGGAACCGCGAUCGAUGUCAGCCAGCUGACUAUGCGGAAGGUGCGCGAGAACCUCGCGUGGUCGCUGGGGUACAACGUCUUGGCGAUACCGCUAGCGGCCGGCGCCUUUCUUCCUGGCUGGGGCGUCAUGCUGUCGCCCGCACUUGCGGGGGCAAUCAUGAGCUGUAGCUCGGUGGCCGUCGUGACGAACUCGCUCUUGUUGAGAAGGACGCUUGCGCGAGAACUCAACACGAAGAGGAAGAGGAAGAGGGGGGGAUGGAUAACCUCCAAGUAG